GGGGCUGGGGCUGCUGCCGCUGCUGCUGCUGCCGCUGCUGCCGCCGCCGGGGCUGGGGUCGCGGCCGGGGGCCGAGCCGGCGAGCGCCAAGAGCGUCGUGCAGAAGGAGGCCGACUUCGACAAGGUCUACAUGGACGCCGUCAACGGCGAGUUGCUCAACAUCUAUGCCUUCAACCACACCGUCACGCGGAACCGGACAGAGGGAGUCCGCGUGUCCGUGAACGUGCUUUCGGAGCAGAAGGAGUCGCCGGUGCUCUUUGUGGUGAGGCAGAAGGAGGCCGUGGUGUCCUUCCAGGUGCCGCUGAUCCUCCGGGGCCUGUACCAGCGGAAGUACCUCUACCAGGAUGUCAGCCGCACUCUCUGCCAGCCCGAGACCAAGAGCGAGUUUGAGACGCAGUACUUCUACGUGGACGUUUCCACGCUCUCGUCGUGCAACGCCUCCUACCAGCUGCAGGUCACCCGUGUGGAGAACUUUGUGCUCAGGACUGGGGAGCACUUCAGCUUCAACGCCACCGCCUCCCGGCCACAGUAUUUCAAGUACGAGUUCCCGGCAGGCGUGGACUCGGCCAUAGUGAAGGUCACCUCCGCGACGGCCUUCCCUUGCUCAGUCAUCUCCAUCCAGGACAUUCUGUGCCCUGUCUAUGACCUGGACAACAAUGUGGCUUUCAUCGGCAUGUACCAGACCAUGACCAAGAAGGCGGCCAUCACCGUCCAGAAGAAGGAUUUCCCCAGCCACAGUUUCUACGUGGUGGUUGUGGUGAAGACCGAGGAUGAGGCCUGUGGCGGAUCGCUGCAUUACUACCCCUUCUCCAAAGAUGAGCCCGUCGACCAAGGCAACCGCCAGAAGACGCUGGACGUGGUUGUGUCGCCGGCUGUCACCUCUCAGGCCUACGUGAGCGGGGUUCUCUUCAGCCUGGGCGUCUUCCUCUCCUUCUAUGUGCUGACAAUGCUCCUUGCUUGCUGGGAGAACUGGAGGCAUCGGAAGGAGCACCUGGGACUCCUGGCGGCCCUGGACACGCCCAGCGCCGAAACUGCUUCUCUCCUGGGACAUGCCCGCCUCACGCCGGACGCCAUCCUGGGACGCCCGCCUUACAACGGCUACGGUUACGGCUCCUUCGACAACGCCUCCACCGCCAGCACGGAGAACGUCACGGACAGCCUGCUCUCCACUGAGGCCUCCUACGCUUACGCAGGGCAGGAUCCGUGCCAGCACCGCCAGCGACACUGGGCCAUUGCUAUGGAUCGCUCGCUGGAGAACGUGGCCGGGCGCCCCCGUCUGGACUCCCUCAGCUCUGUGGAAGAGGACGAGUACGACACGCUGGCCGACAUCGACUCGGACAAGAACGUCAUCCGCACCAAGCAAUACCUGUACGUGGCCGACCUCGCCCGGAAGGACAAGCGCGUGCUGCGGAAGAAGUACCAGAUCUACUUCUGGAACAUCGCCACCAUCGCCGUCUUCUACGCGCUGCCCGUCAUCCAGCUGGUCAUCACCUACCAGACGGUUGUCAACGUGACCGGGAACCAGGACAUCUGCUACUACAACUUCCUGUGUGCCCACCCCUUGGGCAACCUCAGCGCCUUCAACAACAUCCUCAGCAACCUGGGCUACGUCCUGCUGGGGCUGCUCUUCCUGCUCAUCAUCCUGCAGCGGGAGAUCAACCACAACCGGGCGCUGAUGCGCAACGACCUGCAGGCCGUGGAGUGCGGCAUCCCGAAGCACUUCGGCCUCUUCUACGCCAUGGGCACGGCCCUCAUGAUGGAGGGGCUGCUCAGCGCCUGCUACCACGUCUGCCCCAACUACACCAACUUCCAGUUUGACACCUCCUUCAUGUACAUGAUCGCCGGGCUCUGCAUGCUGAAGCUGUACCAGAAGCGGCACCCGGACAUCAACGCCAGCGCCUACAGCGCCUACGCCUGCCUCGCCGGCGUCAUCUUCUUCUCCGUCGUGGGGGUGGUCUUUGGCAAGGGCAACCUGGCCUUCUGGAUCGUCUUCUCCAUCAUCCACAUCCUCUCCACGCUGCUGCUCAGCACCCAGCUCUACUACAUGGGCCGCUGGAAGCUGGACUCGGGGGUCCCGCGCCGGAUCCUGCACGUGCUGUACACGGACUGCAUCCGCCAGUGCAGUGGGCCCAUGUAUGUGGAUCGGAUGGCGCUGCUGGUCAUGGGCAACAUCAUCAACUGGUCCCUCGCUGCUUAUGGGCUCAUCGUGCGGCCCAACGACUUCGCCUCCUACCUGCUGGCCAUUGGCAUCUGCAACCUGCUUCUCUACUUUGCCUUCUACAUCAUCAUGAAGCUCCGGAGCGGCGAGCGCCUCAAGCCGAUGCCACUGCUCUGCAUCGUCUGCACCUCCGUCGUCUGGGGGUUCGCCCUCUUCUUCUUCUUCCAGGGGCUGAGCACCUGGCAGAAAACGCCGGCUGAGUCCCGCGAGCAUAACCGGGACUGCAUCCUGCUCGACUUCUUUGACGAUCACGACGUCUGGCAUUUCCUCUCCUCCAUUGCCAUGUUCGGCUCUUUCCUGGUCCUGCUGACUUUGGAUGACGACCUUGACUGCGUCCAGCGUGACAAGAUCUACGUCUUCUAGACAGGCGGCUCCGUCGGCACACGACCGCCUCCUGCCCGCAGGCCUCGAGGCCUUUCUGGGACUGAGGGUCCGGGCCGCCCACGCCGGCGCACCGCCAGAGCAGGGCUCACGACAGGCUGCCGGGCAGAACCUGCGGAAGCGGGCCCGGCCGUGUGGAGGCUCCCGGGCGCCGUCGGGCGGGGGCUUCGAGCUGCUUGCGCGCCACGGUUGGGCUCUGCCGCCCUCCAGCCAGCCCUGCCUGGGCCGGCGGCGCCGGCUUUCCAGGGCGUGAACACCACAGGGAAGAGACUGUCCGAGCAGCCCCACGACUGCGCCAUCACCUCACGCGUGGGCCUUCUCGCCGGAGGCCGGACCUGCCGCACACUGCCAGUCCUCAAGGGGCCAGGGGUGGAUGUCUGGGCCCAGGGGUGCUGAGCGGGAGCCCCGGCGCUCUGCCCGGGGCCCGGCGCCACAGAGCCGCGUCUGCUGGCAGCUCUCGUCCACCCACCGCAAGCACAUCCCCUGAGCCGGCGCCGCCCCCUCCCCAUGCCCGGACUUCUGGCCAUCCUCCUGCCACAUGUGGCCUUUCGCUGGGAGACGAACUGGGCGUCCCCUCCGCCCUUCAAGCACACUGGAGCACGUGCCUCCGUGCCCGCUCCGGGGUGGGCCAGGCUCCGUCCGCCUCCCCUCCCGGCCUGGGUCUGGGGUGGCCCCCCUGCGCUCCCUCUGGGCGGCUCCUGGGGCUGACCGCCGGCCGUUUGCGUCGUGCUGCCUGGACUCGCUCCUCCGCUUGUUCGCUGACCCCUGGCAGGGGCCUGCCCUGCCCUUGUGGAAGGAGCGCCACAACGUGUUCCCAGGGGCGACAGCGAUCGAUAACGAAGGGGCCACUCGGUCCGGCCGGGCCACAAGCCAAGGGGAGGCACGGGGAGGGAGGGGGACCUGCCCCUGCCCUGUCCUGGGGAGGCACAUUCCUUCCUGCCCUCCCACACAGGGAAGGUUUGCCAUGUUUGUCCAUUCCUGGUUCUCGGUUGUGGCUUGGAUGGCUUGUUUUCGGAUUUUUUUUUUUUACAUUGUUCUUUGUGUAAGUUGUUGCACAACAAAACUGCAGUUUUAAUUUCUGCAAAUUCUGCUGCCAAAUGACAAGAAAUAAAGACAGCUUGGCUUUGC